UCUCUGUCACUAACAGAAGUUGAUCCAAUAAAAGAUACUACCUCACAUACCUUGUCUCUCUGAUAUCUGGGGACCAACAUGUCUAUAACAACCCUGCAAGCAAUCUUUAUAUUGUAUUCUUUUGGACUUUUUUUCUUUGUGAUAAACAGGGCCUUUUGGACAAUGGUGAACCAAGCAACUGCUGAAAUAUCCUCCAUUUUCACGCAGGGUUCUAUUAGAGGGCACAUGAAAGAGAAGAAGGAUAGAGCUUUAAAAGCUGCAAAACUGAAUGCCUGUCUUGUGUCUAAAAUCAAAACUAAAAUAAUAAACAACUCUUCUAUUUUUAAGAUAUCUUUAAAACAUAAUAAUAAAGCAUUGGCUCUGGCUUUGACUCUGGAGAAGGAAAAUACUCGGAGGCUGAAGAAUGAGAAGAUCUUUCUACAGAAAGAAGUAGAGGAGUUGCAUUUUUAUAAUGUUGUGCUUCGUCAAAAAUUAAACUGUUUGAAUAAAACUCUCAUAGAAAUAGAAGCAUUUAUGAAUAACAACCUUUUAUCAGCAAUUGAAAUGAGCAGUUUUUCUGAGAUGAGACCUCUGCCUGAAAAAGGAGGUAUGAGCCCUGGUAUCAUGGCAGAAUUCGAAUUUAGGGACGACACCACCAAUGAAAUGAGUUUGCAAGCAAAACUAAAUGUGUUGUCUCAUCCUGGUUCACCACUUCAACCUAGCAAUGAAUUUAAGACAAAUUCAAAUGAGGUGCAUUUUGGUAACCAGCUAAAGCCUGAGGAAACUGUUUAUGAUACUGAAAUGGAACUGACUGCCAGUGAUGUGGGUAAGAUACUCACAAUUACAUCAAAAGCCAAAAAUAAAAGGAAUAGUAAUGCCAAAACUGAUAAAAUUUCAGCAAAUUUGAGAAAAGUUGAUGGAAGUGCUCCUGGUGAGGACAUGCACCACAGACCCAAGGAGGGUAGUAUGGACAUGAACCACCACAGUAAUUACUGCAGUGGCUAUGAGGUGGUGGUGGGCACCUCCGCCUCAGGGCUGCCCCCUAUAGAUAGCCAUACCCACCAGGAACUCCUGCGCAGGGUGGCACGGAAUAUGAACCUGCAGACCGAAGAGGUGGUAGAGUCGUAA